CAAACAUCGUGUUUAUUUCUAACUGUUCAAUGCAUGAAUUAAUACAUACGUGUAUUUAAUUUAAACAGGUCAGUUAAUUAGUGGUGUUAUCGAGGAUCACAAGACGUCGAGCCAAAUCAUGGACGAAUCGCCUGAAGUAAGAACUGAUGGAAAUUCGCUCCUGAAGGCAGUGUGGCUGAGACGUUUAAGGCUCACCAGACUCCUCGUAGAAGGGGGGGCCUACAUCAACGAAAGCAAUGACAGAGGGGAGACGCCGCUAAUGAUGGCAUGCAUGUCCAAACAUGAAGACCAGCAAUGCGUCAGCAGGUACAAGAUGGUCAAGUACCUGCUGGAAAAUAAAGCAGAUCCAAAUAUUCAGGAUAAAACAGGAAGAACCUCCCUGAUGCACGCCUGCAGUGAGAGAGCAGGGCAUGAGGUGGUGGCAUUGCUGCUGGAGAACGGUGCUGACCCCAGCUUGGAAGACCACUCGGGCGCCUCAGCUCUCGUUUAUGCCAUCAAUGCAGAUGACAAAGAAACCCUGAAGCAUCUCCUAGAUGCGUGUAAAGCCAAAGGUAAAGAGGUCAUCAUUAUAAGGACAGACAAGUCUCCCUCUGGCACAAAGACUACUAAACAGUACCUUAAUGUGCCGCCAUCCCCAGAACUGGAGGACAGGUUUACACCAAUGCCCUGUAUGUCUCCAUCUGAUAUUGAACUGAAAACAUCCCCUUCGCCAAACAAUGAUAAAGAGCAAGAAACGAUCUUUAGCUUCCAAACCAAACGUUUGGCUUCUUGCACUUUAGUCACUACAACGACCACUUCCUUUACUACAAAAGUGGCCACAGAACCAGGGUCACCUCCACGAAAGCCUUCCAGUCACAAAAGGGCACGUCUGCCACAACUGAAGAGACUUCAGUCAGAGCCAUGGGGUUUGAUUGCACCAUCUGUCUUGGCGGCUGCUUCAGGUUAUGCGGAUGAUUCGAAAAGAGCUACUUCGGAUGAUGAAAUAGUUUCCAGUAUUAACGGCCUGUCUCUGUCUAAAAGACCUCCUCUAUCUAGACAUAAUAGCAUUGAUAGUAAAGACAGCACGUCCUGCCUCCCCAUGGUAAGUGAGCUUACUGGUCACUUUUCUUCUGUAUCAUCAGCCCCAGCUUCCAGAAAGACUUCUUAUGAGAAGCUCCACUCUCACCACCAGCCUUUGGCCCGGAGAAGCACAGUGCCUGCUGAUCAGGAUGCUGGGACUUCAAACACAGGCCCAAUCAACCUACGUGAAAUGGUCUACAGGAGACGACUUGGCAACGAGCACUACGACUCGGAUUCUCAACUGUAUUCAGAUUCGUUGUCUUUGGAUUCAGGCAAAACACCCCUAGAGAAGAGGAAACAAAAUACCUCACCUUUAACUCUUGCAACUGGCUCACGAGAAUCUCUGGACAGCAUCCCAUGCACCUCUCCAGUGACUGCACGACGGAGGACACCUGGGCUACUAGAGAGACGGGGCUCUGGCACACUGUUGCUGGACCACAUCUCACACACUCGUCCGGGCUUCCUUCCACCAUUAAACAUUAACCCCAACCCGCCUAUCCCUGAUAUCGGGGCAAGCAGCAAAGCCUCCUCACCUCUCACCUCAUGCUGUAGAUCUGUGGUGCCCGCAGUGCCAAGCUCACCAAAGAAAAUCGACCUCCGGUCAAAAAAGAAACUUAUAAGAAGGCAUUCUAUGCAAGUGGAACAGAUGAAACAGCUUUCUGAUUUUGAAUAACUGGAGCUUCGGGACGGGUGGCCAGUCCAAUCUGUUAAAUCCUAGAGGCCAGGUGUUGGCCGAAGCCACUAGGUAUUGGGUAUCGAUAGGAUUGUCACCAUGAAAUGUUGGGUUCUGUUAGAGUUUUAAAGCUUUUUGGAACCUCUCUAGGGUGGGAUUCCUGAAACAUUCGAAGUUGAAGUCUUUUCCACCGUGCUUAAAUGAGUAUUUUAAUGUAAUUAAGACCAGCAUUUAGAAUGUCCAAAAGCAAAGCUUACAUACAGUAGUUAAGAAGGGAGAUGCGCUCAUCUUUAAGUGAUUGACUCAUUAUUUCUAUACCUUACUGCCCUGUAGAACACAAGGUCAGAAAAAUGAUGUUAAAGUUAACAAAAAAAUACUUUAAGCACUCAAAUUUGCAAUAAUUUAUUUAAAGGAUGCAUCUGUGCUAUUAUUGUGCUUAAGGAAGUCAUUUCUCUGUGUAAGCUGGUGUUAGCGGAUAUUAUUUGGUGCCUUCCCAUGACUUAUUAGUUAGUGAAAAACUUUUACCAUUAAAAUGCUUCUAAAGGUUUAACUAGGCACCUAAAAGCAAAAUAUAUAUGUAUACUUUGGAAAACGUUAGAGUCUCUAAUACUUCACACGCCACAGUGAAGUGCUGUGCUCCAUCACGCCAUUUUCUUGAAUGACAUUCUACUAAAUUGCUAUUAUAAACCUGAGGUUGUAAAGCUCUAGACAUAUUCAGUGUAUUAUCAUACUAUGGUUACCAAAUGUUGAUUGGGCCAACAGUUUUGAGUUUCUAAAAAAGAUGAAUUCCAAGUUGUAUCUGUCUUUCAUAAAAAAAAAAAGCGCCUUAAACCAUUUGUGCUAUUAACAGUGUUCAGCCUCUAGAAUUCAGCAUUUUACAAAACAGAGCGGCAAAGUAGCAUACCCUCAAUGGCCGCUCGAGCACCUUGACCGAUUACCUCCUGGGGAGAGCAGGUCACGGGGAGAAGUGCGAGGCUACAGGGGAUGUCCCUGCUUCCUUUUCGGCUGUAGUCAUGUGAAGAAGUAAGUGGUUGACAUUUUCAGCGUAUCUGAAGAGGCAAACUUUAAGUCUUCAUGCAAAUAAUGCCUGCAGGUAAAGCUGAUAUACUUGAAUAAAAAUGCAAAGGAAAAUUUGCCUUUUUAAUCAUUUAUUCAACAAUAAUGCAAGUACAGUAAUCCCUCCUCCAU